GCUGGCCCGGGUGGCGUCCGCGUCCCGCGUUCCGGCGUCUGCUUCCCCGCCUCCUACGGCCUCCGUUCUCCUUCGCGGAGUGAGCGCGUGAGGGCCCCCUGGACCCCGAGGUUGGACCCUGCUGUGACACGCCCACCAUGCGGGUGCUGCUCGGCACGCUCUGGCUUGCCCUGGCCUGCGGCUCUGUUCAUGCCACCCUGUCGAAGUCAGAUGCCAAAAAGGCUGCCUCGAAGACGCUGCUGGAGAAGACUCAGUUUUCAGGCAAGCCCGUCCACGAGCGGGGUCUGGUGGUGACAGACCUUAGAGCCGAGGAUGUGGUUCUCGAGCAUCGCAGCUACUGCUCAGCGAAGGCCCACAAAAGGCACUUUGCUGGGGACAUCCUGGGCUACGUCACGCCAUGGAACAGACACGGCUACGAUGUCGCCAAGAUCUUCGGGGGCAAGUUCACCCACAUCGCGCCCGUGUGGCUGCAGCUGAAGAGGCACGGCCGCGAGAUGUUUGAGGUCACGGGCCUUGACGACGUGGACCAAGGGUGGAUGCGGGCAGUCAGGAAGCAGGCCAAGGGCCUACGUGUGGUGCCUCGGCUCCGGUUCGAGGACUGGACGUACGAGGACUUCCAGAACGUCCUGGACAGCGAGGACGAGAUCGAGGAGCUCAGCAGGACCGUCGUCCAGGUGGCCAAGAGCCAGCACUUUGACGGCCUGGUGGUGGAGGUCUGGAACCAGCUGCUGAUCCAGAAGCACGCGGGCCUCAUUCACCUGCUCACCCACAUGGCCGAGGCACUGCACCAGGCCCGGCUGCUCGCCUUCUUGGUCAUCCCGCCCGCUGUCGCCCCUGGGACCAACAAGCUGGGCAUGUUCACGCACAAGGAGCUUGAGCAGCUGGCCCCCGUGCUGGAUGGCUUCAGCCUCAUGACCUAUGACUACUCCACAGUGCAGCAGGCCGGCCCCAGCGCACCGCUGUCCUGGGUGCGAGCCUGCGUCCAGGUCCUGGACCCCAAGUCCAAGUGGCGGAGCAAGAUCCUGCUGGGACUCAACUUCUACGGCAUGGACUACUCAGCCUCCAAGGACACCCGCGAGCCCGUCAUUGGGGCCAGGCCUGCGGCUGGCCCCGAACCUCCCCCGCAGCUGCAGAAGUUGCUGCUUCUGCAGCACCCCAGGCCGACCCCGGGAGCGCCUGCCCACACCACCGGCCCAGCAGGCGCCGCGCCCACAGCGCGGGGCCCGCGCUCCACCUGCACGCAGUGCCGCCAGCUUGGGGUGCGGCAGUGAGCUCUGAAGCACAGCCACGGCCUCUGCUCACAUCUCAGCAGCCUCUCGGGGUCUCUGUCCUCCCGCUACCCCCAGUGAGGACCCGGCCGCCGCAGCCCCGGCCCGAGUGUUCCAGACCCCGUCCCAUGGUCCUGCUUCCUGGCUUUUCUUCGUGUCUGGGCCACAGGCGUGGCCCUCCCACCUGGCCCGGUGUGCUGCAGGCACUCCGCAGACCAUCGGGGGAUGACACCCCGUGUCCUGCUGCCCUCGGGUGGCCUCACCCCUUCCGUGAUGGCAGAGGCCACCUCCACCCCGUCCAGGUGCUCAGGUGGGCAGGGGAGGGCCCCCCGCACCCACACCCGGCCUC